AUGACGAAGGCGGACACUCGGCCUCACCUCUCCCGGCCCUUCACCUCCCUCGGUCACGCGCCCUUCGUGCAGCCAUCCUCGUACCUUCGGCCUCCAAUGACCUCCCACCCUGAGAGACCAGUUGAUCUGGAAGAGCGACAGGGCCUGCGUGCCAUUCGCAACUUCUUGAAGGUUCGCACUAGUUACGAUGUCCUCCCCUUAAGCUUCCGCCUCAUUAUAUUCGACACCUCGCUUUCCGUGAAGGAGAGCUUGAAUAUUCUCAUCCAAAAUGGCAAGUCGCUUUCGGACCCUUCCCCCUCUCUCCUGCGUGAUGGCUCUACUACAGGCAUCGUUUCAGCCCCGCUGUGGGACUCCAAGGCCUCGAAGUUCGCAGGUCUCCUGACCACCUCCGACUACAUCAACGUGAUUCAAUAUUAUUUCCAAAAUCCCGCCGCCCUAGGAGAAAUCGAUCAGUUCCGACUCGAUAGCCUUCGCGAGGUCGAAAAAGCAUUGGGCGUUGCGCCUCCUGAGACUGUCUCUAUCGACCCCGAGCGUCCUCUUUACGAAGCAUGCCGGCGCAUGCUUGAAUCGCGCGCGCGUCGUAUUCCCCUCGUCACCAACGACAGCCAAACCGAUAGAUCCCAUGUGCUCAGUGUUAUAACGCAGUAUCGCAUUUUGAAGUUCGUCGCCGUCAAUGUCAGCGAUACACAGAAAUUGCGCCGCCCGUUGGGAGAGUUGCUAUUGGGUACCUAUGAUAAUAUAGCAACGGCGUCUAUGGACACCCCCGUCAUCGACGUGAUUCAUAUUCUGGUCGAGCGGAGUAUAUCCAGCGUGCCAAUCUUGAAUUCCGAAGGCGUCGUAUACAAUGUUUUCGAGUCGGUUGAUGUGAUUGCCUUGAUUCGAGGUGGUGUUUACGAUGAUUUGAGUUUGACGGUUGGAGAGGUGCUAAAGAAGCGAUCACCGGAAUUCCCGGGUAUUUACACGUGCUCACUCAAUGACGGACUGGAUACGAUCUUCGAUACGAUUCGCAAAUCCCGCGUCCACCGUUUGGUAGUUGUGGAUGAGUGGUUCAAGCUUAAGGGAGUCAUCACAUUGAGUGAUAUCCUCCAUUACAUUCUCCUUGAAGGAGAAAAUGACGAAGCAUGA